AUGGAGAUUAAGGUCAAUGUGUGGCGUCAACAAAGUCGACCAGGAGCGGGGUACACAGUCUACGGGCUCUGUGAAGCAAGCAACGCCUCCAAGGGAGAGGAAUUUUGGCUCUUCGGUCCUCUGAUACCUCUGGACCGGGCAUUGAGUGUCCACAUGCAAGUGAACUUCAUGAUGCGUAGCUGCGCGGAUCGAGAAAUCGCAGACGGUCGAGGUGGUACCUGUCGGGAGAAUUUCGACGUCUUUCUACAGCAGGAGACCAGAAGGAGUGACAUGGAUGCUACUGAAGUCCCACAAAUAGAGGCGCGUUCCACCUUCACUUAG